AUGCCUCCCUCGGAGUUUUGCCUCGAGUCGCUGCCAUCUGCCUCGCCGCAGUCCUCCUCAUGGCUCUUCUACCUGCCUUAUGAGAUCUGGAUCGAGAUCUUUGCCCAGAUCGCGCCCGAUUCGCCCCUGGCCUUUGCUCUCGUCUGCCGGCGCUGGCUUGAGCUUUCCAAGGACCCGCACGCCCGUGCUCGAUUUCUCAUGAUCAAGCACAAGGAAUCGGUGCUGUCCCUCUACUAUGCCUUCAAAUACGACCGGCCUAUCCUGGCCACCACUGGGGUCCCGCAAGCCAUGCUCUCGCUAGGCGCAACCAUUCCCCGCUUCCUCGUACAGGCUGUGGAUAAAGAGGCCCAUCGCCACGACCGGAGGCGGCGAAACUACAUCCCGCCGAGGUUGUUGAUGUUCUUCCUCACUGAAGGCUACCGGCGCUUCGGCGACGACAUGGACUACAAUGAAGACGUAAGUGAUCUCCGUCGAUUCGAAAGCGCCCUGCUUGGCACCAACUCCCAUCCCUCGGUCGCGGUGACCGAUGUGCGGCGGUUGAUAACCGAGUACGGGUUUGUGCCGCUCGGUAAUCUCAGCGCGUCGGUCGAAGAAAUCGUCUACAAAGUGUCGCUAGUCGACCUUGGUCUAGUCGAGGUCAUGAAGCGCAACGGCCUCAAGCUCGCGCAGGUGAACGACCUCGUCCUGGAGCGGGUCUUUUGGAGGCCCGACUUUUCGAACUCGAUGCUGUCGCAGUACUUGGCCGUGGGCUUCAGCCUUACCGACGAGGCCAUCAAGAAGGGCCUGCAGAUUGCCCGCGACCGCACCCUCAAUGUUCUGAAGGAGCAGUGCUCCUCAGCCAAGCUCGGCCGCAUCGCCGUCGAAGCCCUGCGGGACAUGAUGGGCCCGAUGAUACGCGGCUGGAGUUUCAGUCUCGAGCCGAUCGACUAUCUUUACCAGCGCUUUGAAAUCACCGAGGACGACAUGAGGUACAUCCUCCUGACCAAGUGUGACCCGCAGUACUCUGACAAGGAGUUCCCUGCGACACGCUGCUACAUGAAAGUCGACCCCUGUCCUGUGUGGCGAUGGGUCCUGCGAAUCUACGGGCCAGAGCACGUCUUCACCCAGGCUUGCUUCGACGAUGCCAUCAGUCGUGCCGUUGCCCAUCGCGAGCUCCAUCAGCUUCAUAACGUCUAUGUCGAGCGCGGCAUCCGGUUCUAUCCCAGACACAUCAAGAUCCUGGCCUGCCGGGUGCUCCAUCGCGACAUGACCAACAAUGCCCUCUUCCUGUUCAGGAUUCUGAAAGAACAGGCCCUGGCCUCUCAAAUCGACAUGGAUGCGGAUGAAAAGGCUGCCUGGAUCCAGGCUCUGCAAUCCGAGAUCUGUGACAACCAGGACUGGAUCCAUCGCAUGAGAACACUGCAGCUCGAAGGUGGCACCCGUGGCAAGGUCUAUCCGCUCCAGAGGCCGCCCGAGGACGGCACAGUGUUCCUGGAGGAGGCCCAGGAGCUACUCGUCGCUCUUGACCCACCUCCGCCCACGCUGAAGCGCACUCGGUCGGGGCGAUCGAUCAUCCAAGGAACAAGGCACUCUGCUCGUCGACGCGAGUCCCCGUCGGUCGGAGCCGGCCUGGUCAAGCGGGUGCAGGCCUGGUUCGAGCGCACCGAGUGA